GCUCCUCCAGCCCGCACUCAUAAAGCCUCGAUUCUCACCGGCUCCAGAUACCUGCACCUCAGCCCGCUUCUGCCAAUCUUUGAGGCCGGGACCAAACGCGGAGAUGGGUCGCUGCCUGCUGCUGCUGCACCUGCUGCUCAUCCUGUGCUCACAGCUGGACCUGCUCCAAGCUCUGCAAUGUUUCCAGUGUAAACAAGUCAAUGCCAAUGGGGUUUGCGAGGAUGGGAAAAGUACCUGCCAGGCUGAAGGCAACCAGCAAUGUUUUCUGAGGAAGGUCUAUAAAGAUAACAUCCUUUCAUACGGAUACCAAGGUUGUAGCAGCGUGUGUUCCCCUAUGACGAUCUUUAGUACGAAUGUUAAUUUGGAGGAGAAAUGUUGCAAUGACUCACCUUUCUGCAACAAGUUCUAA